CAGCCUCCCAAAGUAUUGGAAUUACAAGCUUGAGCCACUUCACCCAGCUGUAAUCAUUUCAACUGAAAACAACCAAUUAACAUUUAACCCAUUCAAUACAACUAUUCUCAAUUGUUUUGGAUCAGUUGGAAACUCUGCUAAAAGUAUAUCAGUAAUCUAAAUUAGGAACCUAGAUGCUUCAAUUUCUGAAACUUACUCUGGCAGGAUGAUGUGAAAUUUUGCCUCUCCUCCUGGAAUGAGAGGCCAGGAUUUACUUAAACUCCCAGCCUGGCCUGUUCACUGCACUGUUUAACCCACACGUGCGCAGGUGAAGUCAAGCUUCUCAGCAUGGCCUGCGGGCCUUCCUCACCAGCCAGCUCUCAGUUUCUCCAGACACACUUUACAAUAUGGCAGUAUUAAACUACUAAAGGUCUCGGGACUGCAUGCACUGUUCUGUGCCUCUGAGCCCUUGCCCUACUUUGUGUCACGUCCCCGUGUUCCCCUGGGUAAUUCCAAACAUCCUUGAGGGCCCAGCUCAGGCACCUCCUCUUCCAUGAAGUUGUUCACUGUAAUAAGCAGGGGGGGUUGCCCCGAUGCCAUCAUACAGCUCUUCAUGGUCAGUAUUUGUUGAGGGAUAGAAGAAAGGCGGAGGGGUGGAGGGGCAGGGAAUCUCUACUUAAUCAUUUAGAGGGGUUGCCUCAGGCAACCAGAAUUCAAAGGCAGGAAUAGUGCUCUACCGCUGGCCAUAAAACGGACCCACGCAAAAAUACACUUUGAAGCAGAAAUGAAAGACUAUAAAAGGAAUGAAGAUCAGAAUAGCAACAAGAGCAAUACCUUAGAUUCGUGAGAUUUUACAAUUUAUAAAUUACUGUUGGAACUCUUCAUGUUUAGAGCACAGCGAGGUGGGUGCUGGUAUUCUCACUUACAGAUAAGAAGACCGGGGCUGGGGGAAAGAUCUGCUUACCCUCAGGGCCUGCAGUGACAGAUCUUCUGGCUCUCUAUUAGGUGCCUAUCCAGCAUUUCGCAGCUUGCCUAAAAUGAGACAAAUUGUAAGAUAUUAAUAAGAAUUCACUUUCAAAUUUCUAUAUACUCGCUGCUCUAUUUUAAAAAUAUAUUUCUCUUAAAUUAUGCUAUGCUAAUUAGCUCUACCAUUUCCAGACAGUAAUCUGUUAUUGGGUGCUACUUUUUAAAUUUAGAUGCCACUACUAAAUCCUAAUUUAGACUCAUUCCUUUUAAUAACGUCUAUGCCUUCUAAUGUGUUCCACCCUUCAUUGCUUCCAAAUAUGAGAGUUUAAAAUGUGUUAUAGUCAUUCCAUUAUAUGGAUAGAACUCUACCUUCAGAUCAUUCUAGUUUAGCUCUCCAUUUUAAAGAAAUUCUUUGCAUAUAUAUUUGGGAUCCUUACCUUGAUGCUUUUCCUGUCUCCUUUGAUAAAUUCCUCCCUUGUCACACUGCACUGUUUCUCUGAGGUCUUACAUUAGAAUAACCCUUUAAGAAUAAGGUACUCUUGUAAAUUGCUGUGUAAACAGGUUGCCAGCUGACUCCAAUAUGUAUUUCCCGUCUUCUCUUUCCACUCAAGUGGGUAAUAACUGUGUAGUAAUCUGGAGGCAUUCGGUAGUCACUAACCACCUAUGUCAAAUUACCUGGCAGUGUUAGCCAGCAAAAGGGGCUCACCGCACUAGAAGCCAACACUAUGACACCAAGUUUUUAAGAAAAGAAAAGCUUUAUAUUGCCAGUCAAGCCUCUGAGGAGACGGGAGUCCAGUUCAAAUCUGUCUUCUUGUACUGGCUUUGAGGCGGUAAUUUUACAAAAGGUUUAGGGGUGGAUUCUGGGGUUAGCAGGUAAUUGGAGGAAGCAAAGGGGCCAUCUGGGAAGUCUUCAGGCAUGCACGGUUCUGUCUUCAUGCUUCCUCAUAGGUCUCAUGUGCAAAUUUGGAGGGAGUUAGUAUGAAACAUGUGGUAGAAAUCCGGGCUGUGACAUCGGCAAGCUUGCUGUGCACAAACUCCAUUUGGCCAUAUGAUCCCAGCUGGUUUCAGCCAGUUUUCUUAUAAGCAGAGGGAGUUUCAGCAAGUUGUUUCUUUUCUUAUUUGCCAACCUGCAAACAAGAAUUUUUAGCUAUUGGUGUCUUUGACUCUUUGAAACACUUUCAGUAGUUCCCAAGAUAGGAAAAUAAAAGACCCCCUUCAUCGGUGAAAACUCUUACACGCGGAUGAACGACACAGCUUCCUCUAUGAGAGCAGAAGAACAAUUAAACGACACUCACAAACACCAUGGUUGGUGCCAGGAUCAUGGCCUGGUAAGGAGGAGAGUGUCACAUCCUCCCUGCCCACUCGUGUUUCCAUGCAUGCAUUUCCCUUUCUGUCUCUCUCCUAAGCCAGGAUGCCCCUUCUGACCGCAUGGAGCUGUCACAGAAACUGCUUCCAUUUAUACAGAUAACUUCAGAUUCAGUCUUCUUGCUUGGUUCUUAUUUACUGCAAAGACCGAGGACAACUUUGCACACGUUUGCUUAAGCUGAAAGCUAAUGGAUGAAAGUUUGCCGUUGAAAAUCUGACACUACUACUUUCUCUUCAAUCUUUUCCCUUUUUGCAUUUCUUACGAAACAUGCAAGACAGUAGUCAGGAAAGCUCGCCGCAAGAACUACACAAAUAAUGUAAAAGUAAGGCAUCCAUAGGAUCAAAGCCACAUUUCUUUGCUCUCUGCACUCUAUUCCCGCGCCGGCCAGGUUAAGCCUCCUGCGUGGCCAGCACCCGUUGGCCCGGGAAGAGCUCCAAGGAACCCGACCCUUGUCUCCAUGGCAACGCGUCACAAAGCGGCCCGCGGCUCCUGCAGCGCGGUUGGGCUGCAGCCAGGGCCCCGCGGCGGCCUCCUUGGGCCGAAUGGAGCAGCCUGGGCCCCGGGCUCCGGAUCCCUUCCUCUGCCACCACAACCUCCAGCCAACAGGUGACCCCAACUGGGAUUCCUAUGCUACCACUAUGAGGACUGCAUUCACGCCUAAAACAGCAGUGGUGCCUGCUUUAAUUCGCCAAAACGGUAUCAGAAGAUUAGGAUAUACAUAUUCACUUAGCGAUCCUAUUCUCAAUCAGACACAAUAUAAUGAUGAGUACACUUGGAAAUCAUACUCUAAAGAAGAUUUGAUCAAAACGGAGACUUCAAGAGGAAUCGAGAGCCAAAAAACUCAUCCCAAUGAAGACAUUUUCCUGUGGACACUACCUCACUGUCAACAAAAGAGGACACUAAGGACCUGUCUCCCUUGGAAAAUCCCUGCUUCAAUGAAAGAAGUUAACCAGGCACUAUCAAAUCAGUUUAUUUCCCUUACUAAGAGAGACUUCGUGGACAGAGCCAAAGCUCAGAGGGUUAAGAAAAGUUCUCGCCUGUCUCUGGAAUGGAAAAAGUUCCUUCCCCAACCUCCAGACACCGAAUUCCGAAGGAAUUACCAAAUUCCAGCUAAAAUUCCCGAGCUUCAGGAUUUCAGUUUCAAAUACGGAUGCUAUGCAAGCUUGCCCGUUGCUUCUCGGGGUGUAGUGCCCUCCGUGCUGCACAGCUACCUCAGGAACCAAGAGCAUAUGAAGAAGCAGACCACAUACCAACGUGACUAUGACAGAACCUACCUGGAUUUCUUAAUGCUUUUAAACUCAUUUACUUCCUCUCAAGUCAAAAAGUACCUUCAGAGUGUUUCCUACAAAGAUAGACAGAUUCUUGAUCGCUUUAUUUGUACUCAUUGUGACACUAACAAAAGGGAGAAAUGAAAGGGGAAAAUAGUUCAAAUGAAGAAAAUCUGAAAAUCAUGGAAGCACGAGGACCUUCCUAGUCAUUUUCUCAAUUAUCAACAAAAAAUAAGAUGCAAAUAACUCCAAGUAUGUUGUGAUGGUCAUGAGUUUGUGUAUUUUGCUUUGCUUUAUUUUUAAAUAAUAAAAUUAUUUAAGGCUACAGAUUUUCCCCUGAACAUAGCUUUAGCUGUAUCCAGUAGGUUUGGAUAUAAUUUUUUUUUCUUUUCCCUUUUGGAUACUUAAUUUGCGGUUUCAAUUUUGAUUUCUCCUGUGAACUAGGAAUUAUGUGGAAAAGAAUUUUAAAUUUCCCAAUAAUUAGAGAUUUAAAAAAUCAUUUUAUUGCAUAUCUCUUCUUUGAAUGAAGGAAAGUUUAAAAAUCUGCUUUCGGGAAAUUAAAGUUUUAUUUAAUGCCAUUAAUCAAGUAUAUGAUUAAUUUGUGUGUUACAUGAAUAUAAGAGAAAUAUUACAGUUUAUUGUAUUUUUGAAAUCCCUUAUAUCUUUAAUUGUAUACUUGGACUGUUCUAUUCUGAAAGAAUAUUGCAACCUCCCACAAUAAAUAUAUUUUUAUCAAUU